AAAACCCUAGAAUUAGAAUGAAGCCUAACCAUCAAACUUGUGGCGGCAGAUUUCCAAAACCCUCCCUCUGUUGUAUUCACAAUCGGGAGUUAGAAUCCAAAAAUGGUGAAAUUCCUGAAGCAGAACAAGGCGGUGGUGGUGCUUCAGGGCCGUUACGCCGGCCGGAAGGCGGUCAUCGUUAGGGCAUUGGACGAUGGAACCAGAGAUCGGCCUUACGGCCACUGCUUGGUCGCCGGAAUAAAGAAAUACCCGGCGAAGGUGAUCCGCAAGGACUCCUCCAAGAAGACCGCUAAGAAAUCGCGAGUGAAGGCCUUCAUCAAGCUCGUCAAUUACAGGCACCUCAUGCCCACCAGGUACACUCUCGAUGUCGAUCUCAAAGACGUCGUCACCAUCGAUUCCUUGCAAUCCAAGGACAAGAAGGUUACUGCGGCUAAGGAGACCAAGAAGCGGUUCGAGGAGAGGUUCAAAACAGGCAAGAACAGAUGGUUUUUCACAAAGCUCAGGUUCUGAAUCGAAUUUUUGUUCUGGGUUUACUUUUUAUUCUCAAGUAAUCGUACUGUAUUAGUUUGUUCUGGUUUUACAUUUUUGAUUGAACGUACUCUAGUCUUUUCGGUUGGAGAUUUUUUCUGGUUGUGAUAAUACUACAUUUGUCUGUCAAAUUAAUUUUGUUGCAAUUUCUGGCCCAAUCUCAGUUUUUGUUUCA